UGGUGUGGCGAGUCGAAUGCGCAAUCUUUACUGCUGCAAGAAAAUGGUUGUUACUUGUCACUGCUCGCCACCUCCAUCACUGUUCCCUUCAGCUGCUCAAAACCUGUAAAUGUUGAAUGCAUCACUAGUUGGUAGAAAUGCCAGUCCUAUAUCCUCCCUAAUCACCAUCCUUGAUAAAUGCAAGUCAAUGUUUCAGCUGAAGCAAAUUCAUGUUUUGUUGAUAACUUUAGGCCUCUCCCAAGAUGAGGCCUUUGUGUCAAGACUUCUUUCUUUCUCUGCACUAUCUGAUUCCGGAUGCAUCGACUACUCCUGCUGGGUUCUAUUCUCUCUCUCAAAGCCAAAAAUUUUCAAUUGGAAUACAGUCAUAAGAGGUUACUCAAAGAGCAAGAAACCAAAUGAAUCAAUAUCACUUUUUGUUAAAAUGUUAAGGGUUGGUGUCUUUCCAGACCAUUUAACGUUCCCUUUUCUUGCCAAGGCGUCGGCUUGCCUCUUGAAGCGAGAACUUGGUUUGGCCAUUCAUGGCUAUAUUACAAAAGCUGGUUAUGAGUCCGAUAGGUUUGUUUCUAAUUCUUUGAUUCACAUGUAUUCUUCCUUUAGAGAUAUUCCAAAUGCACGAAAAGUAUUUGAUGGAAUACCGGUGAAGAAUUUGGUUUCAUGGAAUUCCAUGCUAGAUGGCUAUGCAAAGUGUGGGGAUAUAAGCAUGGCACGCCAAGUGUUUGAUUUAAUGCCUGAACAAGACGUCUUAUCAUGGAGUUGUUUGAUUGAUGGGUAUGUCAGGAAAGGGGACUACGAUGAAGCUUUAGCUGUUUUUGAGGAAAUGCGAGUUUCUGGUCCUAAACCGAAUGAGGUGACUAUGGUCAGUGUAUUGUGUGCUUGUGCACAUUUAGGUGCUCUUGAUAAAGGAAGAAUGAUGCAUCAUUAUGUGAUUGAUAAUGAGUUGCCAUUAACUCUGGUUUUACGUACCUCCCUUGUUGACAUGUAUGCAAAAUGCGGGGCAAUACAGGAGGCUUUACAUGUGUUUCGUAGCGGUCUCAUGAAGCCAAGUGAUGUUUUCAUUUGGAACUCUAUGAUUGGAGGAUUCGCAUGUCAUGGUUUGGUAAAAGAAUCUCUAGAUUUGUUUUCAGAAAUGCAUAUAGUUGGCGUUAAGCCAGAUGAGAUCACAUACUUGAAUUUGUUGAGUGCUUGUGCUCAUGGUGGAUUGGUAAAGGAAGCUUGGUAUUUCUUUGAUUGUCUUGGUAAAAAUGGCAUGACUCCCAAAAGUGAGCAUUAUGCUUGUAUGGUUGAUGUCAUGGCUCGUGCCGGUCAAGUAGCAGAGGCUUAUCAAUUUCUAUGUCAAAUUCCAAUUCAGCCAACAGCUUCAAUGUUAGGUGCUCUUCUCAAUGGAUGUAUGAAUCACGGAAAGUUGGACCUCGCUGAAACUGUAGGAAGGAAGCUUAUUGAGCUAGAGCCACACCAAGAUGGUAGAUAUGUUGGAUUAUCAAAUGUUUAUGCUAUUUUUAGACGCUGGGAUAAAGCCAGAAGCAUGAGAGAGGCCAUGGAGAGGAUGGGGGUGAAAAAAUCCCCUGGUUAUAGUUUUGUAGAGAUGCAUGGAGCUCUUCAUAGAUUUGUUGCGCAUGAUAAAUCCCAUCCUAGCUCAGAGCAAAUAUAUAUGAUGCUAGGAUUUAUAGUGAGCCAAAUGAAACACAUUGUUGAUUAUGAAAAUCAAGAAUAUUAUUUUUAUGAUAAUGAAGGGAAAUUAUUAUAGUUUUUUACCUUUAA